GCGGCUCCCGGGGCGCACUCCCUCGCUGGCCGCUCUUCCGCACGCCGGCUCCCGGGGCGGCUCCCUAGGUUAGUGUGAUCUCAACUCAAGAGAAAGGUGGGAUAUCAUGGCAUCUAUCUGGGUUGGGAAGCGAGGGACAAUAAGAGAUUAUCCUGGCUUUAAUCCAUCAGUGGAUGCUGAAGCGAUUCGUAAGGCCAUCAGAGGAAUUGGGACCGAUGAGAAAACACUGAUCAGCAUUCUGACUGAGAGGACGAAUGCACAACGGCAGCUGAUUGCUAAGGAAUAUCAAGCAAUAUGUGGAAAGGAACUGAAAGAUGACUUGAAGGGUGAUCUCUCUGGCCACUUCAAGGGUCUCAUGGUAGCCCUGGUGACCCCACCGGCUGUGUUCGAUGCAAAACAGCUGAAGAAAUCCAUGAAGGGCACGGGAACAAAUGAAGAUGCUCUGAUCGAAAUUCUAACUACUAGGACGAGCAAGCAGAUGCAGGAGAUCGGCCAUGCCUACUAUACAGUGUACAAGAAGAGUCUUGGAGAUGAGAUUAGCUCUGAAACAUCUGGUGAUUUCCGGAAAGCUCUGUUGAUUUUGGCAAAUGGCAGAAGAGAUGAGAGUCUAAAAGUGGAUGAGCAGCUGGCCAGAAAGGAUGCUCAGAUUCUCUAUAACGCUGGUGAAAAGAGAUGGGGCACGGAUGAAGAUGCCUUCACUGACAUCCUGUGUCUAAGGAGCUUUCCUCAAUUGAAACUGACAUUUGAUGAAUACAGAAACAUCAGCCAGAAGGACAUUGAGGACAGCAUCAAAGGAGAAUUGUCCGGGCAUUUUGAAGACUUACUGCUGGCCAUAGUUCGUUGUGCAAGGAACAUGCCUGCCUUUUUAGCUGAAAGACUGUACCAAGCUUUGAAGGGUGCCGGGACUGAUGAAUUUACUGUGAACCGAAUAAUGGUUUCCAGAUCAGAAAUUGACCUUCUGGAUAUUCGAGCAGAGUUUAAGAAGCUUUCUGGCUACUCCCUGUAUUCAGCAAUUAAAUCGGAUACUUCUGGAGACUAUGAGAGCACACUCUUAAAGAUCUGUGGAGGAGAUGACUGAGUCAAGAACAUCCUUUCCAAAGGCUGCCUGCUCCCAUGAUGGGCAUUUUCCUCAGCUCUGCUUACUCCUUUUUCACGGUAUUUACAAGUACAAGCAAGUGUCCACAAUAACCUGUUUUUAACAGAAAUUCUCAUUGUUCCAUAAUAAUAACAACCACAAAAAGUGAUUAUUGUCAUAGAACGUCUCAUCAUAAUGUAGCCACUUAUAAAUGAAAUUUUUAAAUGAAAUUAAAGAUCUGCUAAUACUAUCCAAAUUGCGUUUCUGCUUUGGAAGUGAGAAUCUAUGUAUAGUUCUAAAGCACUCAAUGCCAAACAGUGUAAUAAAAGUUGUUGCCUAUGUAAAA